UUUUUGUUUUUGUUUUUCAUAUUUUCUUAAAUUACCUUUUCUCUUAGACAAGGACACAAACAAAACAUGCAAGAGCUGCUUCUUUGGGUCAAAACCGGCACACACUGAAGCCAAAAAUACAUCAAUCAUCAAUAAAGAUACACGCAAAAAAAUCAGGCCUGUUAGAAUCGACAAAAUAUUUUGUUGUUUUCACAUGACGAUUUUUUGUUGAAACAGAUCUCAAAACCAACUGAAACAACUCAAAAUUUUGAGUUGAAUCUACUCUGUUUGUUUUGUCAAAUCUUUUUGGAAAUAUCAACCAAAUUAUUGCGUUGAUUCUACAAUAAUCGGCGUUGAAUCAACUUAACUAUGUUUUUUGAUUUUAAUUAAAUUAAAUGCUGUUUACACGUGCCCGCUAUAUGUCAAAAUGUUAAGUUUUUCUUGAAUUUGAUUUGAGUGGACAAGUUUUGUUCCGUGCGAGAAUUUCAUUCGUGUGUUUGAUCCCGAUCCCGUCGCUUACGGCGAGCGAAGUUUUAUACAAUGCGAGAAGUCAGUGCGCUAUUCGGGCAGAAUUCACCUCCACCAGCUAGGCCACCUCAUCAGCAACAAUUGAUAUGCGCAAGUUGCCAUCUCUAGAAGUUAAAGAUGUUUUGCAGAUUCACGAAACUCCCCAACCACUCGACGGAACAUGCUUGACCUCUGCGGAAAAUAACGUAACCACGGUUUACCGGAACGCCAAUGACAACAUGGCUCAUUCAACGCGGGAGGCAACUUUACAAACUCGUCGGUUCAUCAGGAGGCGGCGGUGCCACCACCCAGACGGAAAAGGGGGGCGCCUGGCGGGCGUUUUGUCUUGGGCGCUGCACUUAGCUGCGCAAGACGUCUGGCAGAUUUUCCCCCCGACUGGCCCAAGAAUGUUGCCAGAAUUCUGGCGAAUAUGCAACAAACCGGUCGUGCACGGUUCAACCGAUUGAACCGAUUGGUUUUUGUGCCAGACAGCUGUGAGUUAUCCCGCCAGAUUUUCGCCAGAUUCGUCGGGCGUCACGCAAA